AUGGCUGGCUGGGGCAAUGUAGGCGUCAUGCCCACCCGCCAAUACUCCUACCGCGUACUUCGUACACCAGAGGGUGCUCUAGGAAGCAAUCAAUCAAUCAAGACAACUAGCAAUAAUGACACGACGGACAAUGCACUACGCACAGGCGAUGCCAUAUCUACUUGUACCUCCUAUAUUCCCCGACUCGCGCUGGCGGCAACUGCAUCGGCGAUCCUCGAUGCCCCCGUCCGCCCGGACUCUCUAGCCCGAUGCAGCCGAAAUGGCCCAAAGGGGGGAUUUACGAGGGCCAAACUCGUCAACGCCGCCAGCCAGCGCCCGAGUUCAACCGCCAGAAAGUCGUUGGUUAGGGGAGAAGAAGACGGGCAAAGCGAUUCCCCCAUUCUGAAAGUGGUAAUUAUUGAGCACCGACUACGGCGAAGUACGAGCUGCGAAGGAAUCGGCUGCCCCGCCACCCAGGUCGCGUCGAAGUCGCGAACAGAGCAGAGAAGCAAGGUCGGGGAGCAAAAAGCAAAAGGAGCACUGCCGGUACCGGUACUUGAGGGCGAACUGCUUCCCUCGUACUACUGCAAGUCAGAAGGUGAUGGCCGCGAUGUAGAUGUACUCAUUGGUCCCAGGGCGGCGGACACGAAGACCGGAAACUCCUCCUAA